AUGCGGGGCAGUUACUUGUUAUUCGCAACGUUGAUGUUGUUUCUUCUAUCAUCCGCUCAAACACUAGUGGCUAUAAACGAUUUCUCAACAUCGGAAUCAUCAUCUUCGGAAUCAUCUAGUACAAUACAGCCGGAAAGUUCUUCGACCUCGAGGAAGGAUGAAUCGACAUCCACAUCAUCUCCAGCCACUUCAAUGAUUACGAACACAAUCGCUAUCUCUUCUAUUUUAAAACCCUCUUCAACAUCGGUGACUGCUAGCCUCACUGGCAAUGUUGAAGUCGCAUCCACAGCCACAACGAGUGCUCUGUCGUCGACUUCAACAGUCGCCACUUCUACAAGAUCUGGCAUAAAUCGCAACACACUGAUAAUUAUCCUCGCUUCCGUCCUCGGUACAUUCGCUAUCAUAUGUGUUUCAGUCGCCAUAUAUCUUCUUAUUCGCCAUCGAAGGAAUCGGAGUUUCACCGGAAGAGGAGCAACUCCGAUAGAUGACAACGAAAUCGAAUCGUGGCGACGCUCCGGGAAUGAGAGGAAGAUAUUUAUGGGUGAGGACUUGACUUUCGACAAGGAGACAGGAGGCCUAGAUUAUCUCCAGUCCAACACAAUACAAAUGGCACACUCACCGGGUUGGACAUGGACAGCCUCUCCUACCUCUUCUCGAACAAGAUCCACCUUUUACCCCUCAGGCUUCUCAGGCUACGUCCCCGAUACCCCUACUUUCCUCGCCCAGGCACCAAACGCCAGAGUUGGUCUGACGGACGAAAUAAUGCCCGGCGCGGAACCAUUUGUAAAACCAGCCGAACGACAUAGAUCACGACUAUCGAAGUCCGGAGGUCAUCUACGCACGAAGAGCAGGAGGAGUAGUACGAGUGGGAGGAGCAUGUGGAGUGUCAAAAGCUGCUAUGGCGGCGAAAUGAAAGAAUUGAAAGCCAACGACCGAAUAGCAACAUGGUUUGAUCCGGAAGACGACUUUCGAGUUCCUAGAGAUUACAAUGAUUCACCCGCCAUGUCGUUUCGAGAAAUGACGCCAGGCCCAGGAACUCCUAACCCGGUCACGGCAUUAUCACCAAGGCCACCACCCCGAGCUGCGUACCCGUCCUUCUGGGAUAGCGAUCGGGAGAUUGGAUUGGCCAUUUCAUAG